GGAAAAUCUUUUAAGAUGAUUAAAGAAGAAAACAUUGAUGAUUUCCUUCCGGAGUAUUUAUACAGAACAAAAGAGGAAGAGAAUGAUACUGACACACUGAACGUGAAAGAAGAAGCCCUGGAUAUGAAAAGGGAAACAGAAGAAGCACUGGACAUGAAAAAGGAAACAGAGUCUUCUCUAAUGGAACAAAAUGCAGACAUGGCCCCUAUAGCUCAUAAUAACACAGACCAACACCAGUGUGCCACAUGUGGAAAAGGCUUUAAAUAUAAAAGUGCCCUAAUUAUCCAUAAGAGAAUCCACACUGGAGAAAGGCCUUACCAAUGUACUACAUGUGGAAAAGGCUUUACACAGAAAAGUGCCCUCAUGAAGCAUCAGAUCACUCAUACUGGGGAAAGGCCUUACCAGUGUGCUACAUGUGGAAAAGGCUUUACACAGAAAAGUGCCCUCAUCACCCAUCAGAGAUGCCAUACUGGAGAAAAGCCUUACCAGUGUGCUACAUGUGGAAAAGGCUUUGCAGAGAAAAGUGCCCUGAUCAGGCACAAGCCAAUCCAUACUGGGGAAUGGCCUUACCUGUGUGCUACAUGUGGAAAAGGCUUUGUUCAUAAAAGAGCCCUCUUCAUCCAUCAGCGAAUUCAUUCUGGGGAAAAGCCGUAUGAGUGUGGUACAUGUGGAAAAAGCUUUGCACAGAAACCUCACCUCUUGCAGCAUCAGAAAACCCAUACUGGGGAAAGACCUUUCCAGUGUACUAAAUGUGGAAAAGGCUUUGCACAAAAAAGUACCCUCAAAAGGCAUCAGAAAAUUCACAUUGCCUAAAUUAAACACCAGCGCACAAGUCCUGUCUUAAGAACAGUCACAGAGCAUCUGGGUGGUUCACGAAUAAGGGUGUAACACAAUUGUUAAAAAAAAAAAAAAAUUCAAUUCCUGACAAAAAUGGAUGGAAUUAUAUUGUUCAAAGAAUAAUCUCUUUAGAGCUGUUAGUGGUCUGUGAAAUUUCAUUUUUUAGAUGUUUUGAGGAAAAUGUGUAUUUCGGUGUGACAUCACAUUUCUGUAAGAUAAAAUCAAUAAUAUUCUGCACAAACAUCUUCCCAUGCAAUUUCUACUAUUGGUCUUUAACGCCCAUCCCCAACACACACUACCACCCACCCACACACACCUAUGCAUCGUACAGACAUACAAUAGCAUGUUUUCACUGAAUUACUUGUAAUAAUUGUGUGAAAGAGACAAUGAAUUACCUGGUAUCCAUACAUCCUUGCAGGAUACAUUAAAGAACAAGUUAAGAUUGAGUAACAGAUUGCAUAACAUUGAAUAAGCGUGUCACACCGCAGGACAUGAAGUCACACCACAGGACGUUCUCUGCAUUGUGGCCAUUUCAAUCCUUUCGUAUACAUGACUGACCUUGGACCUCAUGCUAA